AUGUCAUUCACAGGAACUUUAGACAAAUGCAAAGCCUGUGAUAAAACGGUUUAUUUCGUUGAUUUAUUAACUGCAGAUGGAGUCACGUAUCAUAAAUCAUGCUUCAAAUGUACCCACUGCAAAGGAACGCUUGUGAUGAGCAACUACUCCUCCAUGGAUGGAGUCCUCUAUUGCAAGACUCAUUUUGAACAACUUUUCAAGGAAUCUGGGAAUUUCAGCAAGAACUUUCAUACAUCUAAAUCAGAAAGAGAAAAUCCGGCGUCAAAGGCACCCAACAAAUUAUCGUCUUUUUUCUCUGGAACUCAAGAUAAAUGUAGAACUUGCAACCAAACUGUUUAUCCUCUCGAAAAGGUGACAAUGGAAGGAGAGCCAUUCCACAAGUCUUGCUUCAAAUGUGCUCAUGGAGGGUGUCCCCUUACACACUCAUCAUAUGCUUCCCUUGAUGGUGUCCUCUAUUGUAAACAUCAUUUUGCUAGACUCUUUAUGGAAAAGGGAAAUUACUCUCAUGUCCUUGAGGCCGCGAACAACAGAAAAAGCGCCCCGCCUACACCCGACCCAUCUGAGCCACCAUCUGGAGACGAAGCUGAAGGUGAAGAUGAAACCGCUGAUGAUCCACCCCCGGACGCUGAACACGCCGAAGAAGAAAAGGAAGAAAAAGAAGACGACGAUUAG